AAUUAGAUACUUAUUAAUAUUGACUAUUUUGGUUUUUUUUGUGGUGUGAUUUCAGACAUAGGGCUUAAUUAAAACAUAAAAAUAAAAUAUUAAUUUCAAAUCAUUUUAUUGCAUUUUAACAUUUUGAAGCAUGGUGGUAUAAGUAAUAUAGUUUGAACUUUGGUAUCGAAGACAUAAUUCUGGGUAAAUAAAGUGUUUGAAAAAAAAAAUCAUUAUGCAUUUCAAAAGUGCUGUUAUCCUAUGUGCGUUGAACUUCGUGGCCAUGUUACACAUUUUACACUAACAUGUUAGUACAAAAUGUUUUAUACUAACAUUUUACAUAUAGCGUCGGAGUCAAUAUGGAACAAAUCAAAACAAUUAUUGAUUUAGUCAAAGAACAUAAAAACGCUAUAGACCAAAUUACCCCAGAAAAAUUCAAAGAAUAGUUAACGGAAUUGGGCGUAGAGGAUGUGACAGGUUUUACAAAUGAAGCAGGUAAUAAAGUAUCUUUUAAACAGCGUUUAAACUUUACGAUUGUAAUCAAAUUUUACAUUAUCCCACUAAAAAAAAAAUAUCACAACAAAUAAUAUUCGUCCAGCACUUACUAAUUUUUCAAUUUAACGCACUCGUCUUGUGGCUAGCUCAAUUCAAAUAUGCUUAGAAUUGUAUUUUUAAAUAAGUACGAAGACGGUCGAAAAGUACAGAGUGUUAUGGUAUUUCUGAACCAGAAACAAUAAGACAUCAGACGACUAGAAAGUAAUAAAAAAACAUUUUUUUUUAGAUUUGUAAUUAGUCCAUUUUUUUUUUAUUUUUACACACCAAUUUUACAAAGAUCCUAAGAUUAUCAACCUACGAAGUAACAAUUUUUUUGAGCUUGUUCAGACAUAACUACAAAAUAGAAGGCGAUGACGAUGGUCUAGUUAACUCCGUGGAAUUACAAAAUAUCAUUAAAGCUUUAAGUUUAAACGACGAGCAGAAAAAAAGUUUAACCGGAAAAUUCGAAAGUGUUGUUGAGUUAACGAAGCAGUUAAUUUUAUUCCUACGGUUGAUAUUUUUAUAUUAAUUUUCAUAGGAAACAACGCAAUUAACUUCGCGGAAUUCUUAUAUGGCUUUUUGAAAGUAAAACCUCAAGUAAGGAUUUAUGGUAUUGUUAAAGGCUUGAUAAAGUACACAUAUAAUUAUUCUUUUGCCUGGCAUGGCAUUUAAAAUGUCUAAAAAAAAUAUAUUUUGUAGAUUUUUCGCGCAUUAAAGCAUUAAAAAAAAGUCAAACUACACUUAAUAAAUUCAUGAUUUAAAUAUUUGUUUAUUGGGCAAAGGUCUAGACAUGAAACAGAUUGCAGUUCUGAGCAAUAUUAAAAAGCACAAUAUAAAUGGCGAUUACAUUCAACCUGAUAAAAUAACAGAGUUUAUUAAAGGGUUAUCUAUAGUUAAGGACCAGGAUGAGAAUCGGGUUUCUGAACGCUUUCGUAAGAAUAUAUUUUUAAUAUUAACUCGCUGGUUAUUAAUAUUGUUCUAUGUAGAGUUGGCAAAACAACUGGUUAUCUGUACGAAGCAAAGAGUCAAAAAUUAUCUUUUAUUUAAUCAUGUUACACAUGUUUAUUUGUAUUUAUAAAAUAAUUGUUAUUUAAUUUAGAUGUUUUAAUUACUUAUUUGAAGUUUUUCAACUUUGAUUCAACGAGUAUAUUUUAAUAAAACAAAAAAUGUAUUUAAUAUUUUGACCAUAGAGAACUAUGCUUUGUAGUUUCAAGAGCAGGAGGUUCUUUUAGCAGAAUACAACAAAACGACCAACAAAGAAGUAAUAUUUAUAGUUUUAUUUCGAUUACGUUUUGUAUACUUUUAUCAGGACCACUCUUCAUUUAUUGUAGUAGUUAAGUAUAGGAAAUUGUUCGCAAAGUCAUAUUUUUAAGUUGAUUGGCUAUAGUUUUUUGUUGCCAGGCUAUCACGGUAAUUUCUUUAAAAAACCAUUAUAUUUUUUCAAUGAAUAUAGUUUUGCGCGAAUCAAAACUUAAACUUUAAAAACGUAUAGAAGACAAAAUUAUUGGACCUAUCAAAAAAUUAUAAUAGAUAAUAUGCUGUUUUAUUUUUUUUAUGCAAAUUCGGCCAACUCAAUGCUAUCACACUACAAGUGGAUAGCACCAUCGUGUGCACUACGAAAUCUAAUAACGUGCUUCAUGAAUUACUGUGUUGAUUUUUCAGGUUGAAACCGUCUAUGAUACCGAACGUGUAAGAGCAUAAAAUGGGGUUGAUUUCUUGACCGUCGUUCCGGGUGGAAUCUUGCAAUUCAAAAAGACUUAUUUUUCACCCGCCAGCAAAAAUUAUGAGUGAAUACAACUUGAACCGAAUUAAACACCACUGUUCAUCCGACUUUGGUAUCGAAGACGUACUUUUGUUUUAACAAAGUGUUUGAAAAACAAAACCAUCAUGCAAUUCAAAAUUGCUGUUAUCCUCUGUGCUUUGUACUUCGUGACCAUGACACAAAGCAUCGGACUAAAUAUAUUUAAAGUUAGAACGAUUAUUGAUUUAUUCAAAAAACACAAAUCCCAUGAAGACCAAGUUUCACCAGACGAAAUCAAUGAAAUUUUUAAAAAUAUGGGCGUGCAGGAUAUGACAGGUUUUACAUACGAAGCAGAUAUGAAAGACGGUCGAAAAGUGCAAAGUGUUAUGGUAUUUCUGGCCAAAAACAAUAAGACCUUUGACCACUGGAUGAUCCAAAGUUUAUCAACCCACGAAGUAACAAUUUACUUGAGCCUGUUCAGAAAUCACGAAGAAAAAAAAGGCGAUGCCGAUGGUCUGGUUAACUCCGAGAAGUUUCAAAAUAUCAUUCAAGCUUUAAGUUUAAACGACGAAGAGAAAAAAAGUUUGGCCGAUUAUUUCGAAGGUUACAGUGCAAUUAACUUCGCGGAGUUCUUAUAUGGCUUUUUGAAAGUAAAACCUCUAGGCAGAGGUCUAAACGUGAAACAGAUUGUAGAUCUGAACAAUAUUAAAGAUCACAAAAUAAAUGCCGAUUACAUUCAACCUGAUAAACUAACAGAGUUUAUUAAAGGGUUAUCUAUAGUUAAGGACCAGGAUGAGGAAUGGGUUUUUGAACGCUUUCAAACGGCUGCUUUUGAGCUGCAAGAGCUGAUGGUUUUUUCAGCAGAAUACAACCAAACGGACAAUGCAGAAGUUGAAACCGUCUGUAAUACCAUUGAGGUUAGACGAGUUUUAGCAACAUUCGUUGUGUUCGAUAAAGACCAUGACGGCUUACUCAAUGGAAAUGAACUAGAGAAAAUGGCGCUCGAGCAUUUCAGUCACCUAGACGUUAAAUCUAUCCUUAAAGAUGGCGUUGCCGAUGGUAAUAUUGCAAAUUAUAGCGUUAACCAAAACGGCUUAUUUGUUUUAAACAACUAUCAUAGUGAUCAUGAGCAUAGUAUAAGAUCUAGGCUUAUGUUUCCACAAUAAAUAUGAUAUUAUAGUGGGCAAAAUGUUGAAGUAACACUAAAGAACUAAAAUAUACUUUUAACUAAAAAUACUUUACUUUUCAGCCGACAAGAGUCUUGACAUUGUGGAUUUAUUCAUGGUUAUAUAUAAGGUUUAUGACACUAAUGUUACCAAUGAGUGAACGCUAAAAAGUUG